GCUUCGAGUCGUCAUAAAAUCGACGACUGAUUAUGACGCGCGUCCACACGCGGCGGCAUUUCUCUCGUCUCCUCCUGUUGUUCUCUUCCUCCGGAGCCUUCCACGCAAGCCAUUGCCUGACCCUCCUCCUUCUCGGCCUUACCUCUCUCCGCACAGUUUUAUCGUGCGACGAAAAGACAAAACCCCAGAGCCGUGACCUGAGCACGCUUCCCUGCCACGCUGAGGCAAGAAGAUACAUGGAGCAAAGGAAUCUCGAUACUCCCGGAGUGAUCUCGGAAUGGUUGCAACGCGAGAACGAAGUUUCGAGUAUGGUUGGUCGAAGUACUAGCGACGUGACCAGUGAACAUCAUUCCAGUGAUUUGCUUAAAAUUCAAUUCGAUCGCGAUAUGAAAAAACAAACAUACGAUGUCGAUGAUGAUACUUUUGUAAGCAUUAUCCCUAAUGAUCAACGCGGCGAUCAAAUGCAUUCUGAAAUUAAUUAUUUAAAACCGAAAUUUGACGAUCAAUUUGACGAUUCUGUGAAAAAUCAGCAAGUUAGCAACGAAAUUAAUUUUAAAAAUAUGAAGCAAAGUGAGAAAAACGCGGAGAAUUGGUUAGAUAAAUUAAUCAGGAAGCAACGUAGUGUGUCGAUGCUUCAAGCUACUCCUUACUUCUUGGCAAAUGAGGUUGUGAGCGAAGUGCAAUUUCAGGACGAUCAGGAUAGCGAUAAUGAUGCAAGUUCGACGAUUUUAGAUGGACCUCGUCAAAGUGCCGAUAAUUUACUCGAGAGCUCUGUUCACGAUCGCGAUACAGAGGGUACAUUAAUCGGAGCUCCGAUCGAUCAGUUGCAUUUGCGCGAGGCUUCAAGUGUCAAUCAUCUGGCAAUACCGAUGAGAAAUCGACGAGAUCGUAAUGAAGUCGAUCUUAAUGAGGCGAAGCGAACGGAUCUAAACACCGAUAAUUUAUUCGCCGAAACAUCCGUUAAUCGGGUAAGUGAACGCACGAGCGAUUUUACAGCUCAACGAGAUUCACGCGAUGGCGAGAUCUUAAGUCGAUCGAGCAAGCGCGAGAUUGACGUUGCGACAAAUCGGCGCGGCCACGAUUCGGUAAUGCAUCGAAGCGAUCGCAAGACUGUCGAUUUCGAGAGCGCGAGGCAAACUCAUUUGGACGGCCGCAAUAUCUACGCUCUCGAUAAUCGUACAAGUAGAUACGAGAGCACGGUUGAUUACCUUCUCAGCGACAGCGACAACUUCAACAUCGCUAAUGAGUCUACAAACUUGUACACUCCAUACGUCGGUACAAUGGCGAUUAAUACGGUUGCUGAUAACUUCGAUGUCAGUUCCGCUUCCAUCGAGGACCAAGUCGAAGUGGACGGAAUUUUGGAAAUCGAGAAUCGAACCGAGAUUAACUUGGAUACCGAUGAGACAGAAAUUUCGACCGUGGAUUGUCGCGAUAGCGCCUGCUCCAAAUCGAGUAAUAACGAUAACGUUUUUAGAACGAAAAAAUAUGGCAGAGCGAAGGAAUUGAAUGAUAAUAGGAAAGAUGAAGGCUAUUUCGCACGAGUCGGAGACGUAUCGACGAUAUCUGUCAACGACAACGAUACCGAUAUCGACGUCAUUAACAACGAAACGCCUUUCACAGGCUUCGAAGGUUCUCAGAAAUUCCCUGUAAAAAUCAAUCAUAAGUCGCUGCCGGAGUUGCCGCAGGUUGAAAAGUUUGACAGACGACACUUUGGCCCGCAAAAAGAGAAUGUACUUGAAGAAACAUCCACAUGGUAUCCGAGUACUGUGCUUCUCGAUCUACCCAAGAGUCCCAGCAGAAACGUGCUUCAUCGCCAUCGCAAAACGGACGACGUCGUCGGGAUGGAUGAAGAGAAUAAUAGAGGCGAGGAGACAAUCGAAAGAAAUGAGAAGCAAAAUGACACUUUGGACGAGUCCUGGCUACCCGGUAUGUCGUCGUCCGGCGUCAAAUCGAGCUCCGAAAAACUUGCGGUGACUCCAAAUAUCACGUACGGUAACUUCGAGAACGUGACGAAGAAGGAUAAGAACGAUUCCGACGGAAGGGUGGAGAUCGACGUGACGGUGCCGAGUGCAAGACCGAUAGAAAAGACAAAUAUAACCAUCUUGGGUCUCUUCGAGAUGACAUACAGGACGGUACCGAGACCGGAAGGAUCCUGCGAGCUUCAAGCAGCGAAAUUAGCAGUCGAGCGAGUCAACGAGUUAGAUGUGUUGAAACGUUUCCGUCUGCGACUUAUUUACAAUGAUACUAAGUGCGACUCUGGAGUGGCCGUGGACAGAUUCUUUCAUGCCUUGUACUCGACGAGAAAGAAAAAUCUCAUGCCAUUCUUGCUCGGUACCGCUUGUUCCGAGGUCACCGAAACAUUAGCCAAGAUCGUACCCUAUUGGAACGUGAUUCAAGUAUCGUUUGGCUCGACGGCACCAGCCCUCUCGGAUUCCAACGAGUUUCCCCUGUUCCUGCGAACCGUUGCGCCUGACUCGAGUCAUAAUCCGGCCAGGAUAGCAUUGAUCAAACACUUUGGAUGGGACACCGUCACAGCUCUCUCGCAAACAGGCGACAUGUACUCCUUGGCAGUGAACGAUCUAGUCACGGAACUGGAGCAGGCAAAUAUCACGUGCACUGCUACCAUCACGUUUGCCGAGAACGAUUAUAAGGAACAAUUGCGAACUUUAAAGGAAUUGGAUACUAGGAUAAUUAUCGGAAGUUUUUCACCACAAUUGGCGCGACGUGUUUUCUGUGAGGCCUGGAGACUCGGGAUACACGGCGGUGAUUACGCUUGGAUAUUGCCAGGUGAUACCGUCGACUCGUUGGGGAUGACGAACGAUUGGCGUGUCGGAGAAUGUUCGCCUUCUCAGCUGUCGCAGACUCUGGAUGGUUUAAUCAUCGUCAGGAGUCACGCCACGGUCGUGGGAGACGAGAUCAGCGACUCGGGAUUGACCAGUGCGAAAUUUACUUCAGAGCUGGUUAACAGAGGCGUUGCGCACUCGAAAUUUGCGGGACAAACAUACGACGCCGUGUGGGCCAUGGCACUCGCCCUUGCUAAGACCGAGGUCCUCCUCAAUCGACAGAACGAGAGCAUGGCGUGGUACACGCAUACGAGAAAGGAUCUCACUUCCCACUUACUGGAGCAGCUGAAACUGCUGCACUUUAUCGGAGUUUCGGGACCGGUUUCCUUCGACGAUGCGGAUCGCGUGGGCAUCACGGCGUUUGAUCAAAUGCACGGACACAAUAUUAGCAGAAUAGCUAUCUACACUCCCGAAGAUGGAAAACUGAUAAUGAACUGUCCAGGGUGUGUGGCUACAAGAUGGCCCGGAGGGCAAGUGCCAGCGGCUCGCAGGGUCUUCCGAUUACGAAUGGUGACAGUGGCACCUGCUGCGUUCCUCGCCGUUACCUGCAUUGCCAGUGUUGGUGUUACUUUAGCUCUUGCUUUCCUGGCUUUCAAUCUCCACUUUCGUAAACACAAAAGCAUAAAACUUUCAAGCCCAAGGCUAAAUAAUAUGGCGGCCGUUGGUUGUUGCCUGGUCUACGGUGCUGUCAUACUUUUGGGACUGGACGACGCCACUUUACCCGACAGCGACGGUUAUUAUCCUACGGUGUGCAAGGCGAGAGUGUAUCUGUUAUCGGCCGGCUUCUCUCUGGCUUUUGGCUCGAUGUUCACAAAGACUUAUCGAGUACACAGGAUCUUCACCAGGAGCCGGAGCGGGGUCGUGAAGAACAAGCUGCUCCAGGACACCCAGCUGAUAUUCUUGAUCUGCAUGCUCCUGGUGAUUGACGUUGUUGUGGUAACAUUAUGGGUGAUUCUAGACCCAAUGCAACGUCACUUGCAAAAUCUGACCCUGGAGAUUAGUCCGCAGGACCGGGGGGUCGUCUAUCAACCUCAGGUGGAGGUAUGCCGUUCGCAGCAUACAAACGGUUGGUUAAGUGCUCUCUACGUUUACAAAGGUUUAUUGCUCGUAGUCGGAGUCUACAUGGCCUGGGAAACGAGGCACGUAAAGAUUCCAGCCCUAAAUGACUCGCAAUACAUUGGUAUGAGCGUGUACUUUGUAGUAAUCACGUCAAGUAUCGUCGUAGUACUAGCCAAUUUGAUGCCCGACCGCGCAACCCUGGCCUUCGUCACGAUCACUGCCCUGAUCUUGGCUUCGACGACGGCGACCCUGGCGCUGCUUUUUUUGCCCCAAUUGGCAAACAUCCUAGCGGGCGAGAGAGCCGAUCCGGUUGUGCAGAGUUUCGGUCUCAAGAUCGAAUGCAACACGCGUAGAUUUGUCACCGAUGACAGAAGAGAAUUACAGUAUCGUGUGGAGGUGCAAAACCGAGUUUAUCGACGUGAGAUGGCACAGCUGGAAUUGGAAUUGGCGAGAUUGGAGAAGCAACUGGCGCAGGAGCCAACGGAGCCGUCGCGCGCCUCAUCAAGCACCUCGAUUCCGCAACGAAAUCCGAGCAUCGGGGGUGGUUUGCCCUUGUUAUUGCUCAGUGUUCUGCCACCGGUUAUUCCCCGAGCCAGCUGGCCUUCGGCAGAUUCGUCCGGCAUACGUCGCGGUACCGUAGCAUUUAGCAGCCAACCGGAUCUGGAACCGGACGACCCCAGACAAAGCCUGGCCGACCUUUACAAAUUGCAUCGUCGUCGGGAGACCGAGGGGCCGAAUCGCCUGGGCGUUUUUCAACGACUCUUCAGCCUCUUCGGCAGCAGGCCGAGUAGCAGAAAAACCUCCACUGCAUCAUUCACCGGAGUUGCAUCGGCGCUUCGAGUCCAUAUGGGUUACAUUGCUGGUUUAGUGCCCGGCACGAAAGCUGCUUCUACUUGUCAGGUAGAUGCCCAAGGCACUCACUCACCUCAUGCACGAUGCGGUUCAGGACCAAUAAUUAGUAUUACUAGCGAGGAAGACCGUAGAUUGAGCCUAGGGCUACGCCGCAAGGAAAGUAGCGAGCCUAGAGUAAAUUUCAGCUUACCGCCACAGGCGAGCACGAGUCAAUCAUCUUCUCGAGAAAAGAUACGCGGUUCGCCCCGGUUCCCUCACCGAAUAGUUCCAGCGAAUAGUUUGAGUGCUAUCGCGCAGGGUACAUCGGUUUCGAGACCGCAUCGUUGGCACUCGAUGGAAGAUGCGACAAAACCGAAAACUGCCCAAACAACAUCUCGUGGUUCAUGCAGUCCUAAUUUUGACGUAUGGGCCACAAGUGAAGUCGGGGUUCCUUUUAGCGAACUUGCCAAUACUAUCAGAGGUAGGAAACCACCAGAUUCCUUGACCUUGACUAUCACCGUGGAUUCAACGGCGAGUCCGGUUGAUACAAGACUAGGCAAUGAUCUGAGGAAGCUGUUUAAGGAGAAUGACGGCCAAGAACCGGUCAGUCCUGCCGAAUACGAAGUGAAGACGGCUCGGUCGAGUUCGUCAUCCUCGUCGUCUCUGAGGAUAAUCAGUGGUAUAAGCGACUCUGUGCCCUUAAAGAACGAUUUCACCUCAGAGAUUCGACAGGAUACUGUUUCGAACUUUUGUCAAGAAACAAAGUCUCGUCCAUCGAGUCCGGUAAUCUCGGUGGUCGACACUGGUGGAUAAUCCAGGGAAAGAAUCGAACAUCGAUGUCGAUACUCACGUCAAUGCUUCCUGCGAGAAGAAGAGAUCGAUUCCUAUAACGUAAUACUGUGCACAUGUGUGAUUGUAACAGGUUUGUCUAAGUGAUAAAGUUGUUGCUUAAGAGAGACUAUACAUAUAUAUCGAGGAAAAUUUCCGAACGAUGUUGAUUUUUUUCGCGUUCCACUCGCAACAUUAUUUAAUAUUUUGACUUUCAAUAGAGAGCGAUUUUAUCAAAAUAUCGUAAUCGCUUAGGCAAUCCAUCAAAAUCGAAUCAAAUUAAAAAUUGCAUCUAUUUAGAUGUUUCAUAUAUGUGAUAGAUCGAGAUAGAUCAUCACAUGCAACAUAAUAUCCCAGUAAUAUCGUAGAGAAACGACUUUUGUGAGUACAAUAGAUCUUCGUGAUAGUUUACAUAUAUAACACAGAAAACCUACAAAAAACAUUAAAAUAUUAGCAUCUAUUAGAUAGCUUAAAAUUAAUAAUAUUUGAAAAACCGACUAGAUCUUUCGAUAGUCAAUUCAUAUAAUACAAAGUUAAAUAGUGUGAUAACGAAAAUUGUUUAUUAAGAAUUAAACGUUAUAAUUAAUUAUUCAUUAAGCAUUAUAAAAUUGAGUAAUGAGAACCGGCGGUUGUGGAGUGGAACGCUAUAAAAUCGACACUGUCAAUGCAAUAUAGAUCACUGAAGGGAAAAACAAUACAGAUGACCGACUCAAUGCUUAACGCGAAAGAAUUAACUUUAUUAGUGUGGCUGAAUUAAUAAAUAAAAUAGUAUAUUGAGACUUUACAAAGUGGCAUAUGUGUGAAUAUAGAUUUCUUGUUUCGUAAUGCCCAAAUUGUGGGGAUUACGGAUCAAUCACAACGUAUAAUGUCAAACAUGUGUGUUCGCUAGUAACUGUGCCAAAAAAAAGUAAAUAAAACCCGUGAGAGUAUACAAUGUUUGUCUUGAUGAAUCAUAAAAAAGGGGACCAACACACUUACGAUAUCCUUUAUGUGUUUUCUUUCUGGCGGAAUAAUCUUGAUUAUAAUUAUAUAUAAGAUAAUCUAAAAGAUAUAAUUUUUCAGAAAUAAUAAAAUAAUAUAUUCUAAGAGCUUUUAUUUUACUUCUCUUAUUAUUGAUAAAAAAUAACAAAAAUAAAAAAACCCAACGUUUUUUAAAAUACUUAAUAACAUAUAUUAUACAGAUUUUUUUUUUUUAUCGAAGAUAGAAUACUUCCGUAAUUAAAAGAUCUGUAAGCGUGCACGUUUCAAAAGACAAACUAUAAAUGCUCUUACGGGAACUAUAAAAUCCCAUACGGGAUUACGAUUAAAGUGUUCAGUACCCACAAAACCUUUUCUCUAGUACCUGUGCAAUGAAAAUAUAUCUGCUCGAAGUAAAGCAGUUUAAAAUAUGCUACACGUUUUCUUUGUAAAAUGUGAACACGUUGAAACAGAUAUUUUCAUGCCACCGAAUAUUAAUAUAUUAAUAUAAUAUACGAUACAAAUAUGUAGAUAAAAUACACAAAUGGCAGGGACAUAUUCCUGUGAAAAAGAAUUUCCUUAUGAAAUCUAUUCGACUUGUUUCAUAACACUCGAUGUCUCGAUGUGUCAAUCAUUAAAACUUUAGCAACUAAGCAAUAAUCAGCAUUAUCUGUGCAAAUAAGAACGAUGUAAUAAAGAACUAUAUAUUG